AUGACCGUAGUUGAAAUAACCAAUCAGGACCAAUUCACGCAAUUUACCACUACAGAUGCUGCUAAUAAACUAAUUGUGUUGUAUUUUCAGACUCAAUGGGCCGAUCCUUGCAAAAACAUGAGCCAGGUGCUUGAGGUUAUUAGUGAAGAAGUUAAUCAAAAAGAUGUCCGAUUCUUAUCAAUAGAUGCUGACAAACAUCCAGAAAUAACAGACCAUUUUGAAAUCACAGCUGUGCCAUACUUUGUUUUUGUUCAAAACGGUACUAUUGUGAAAGAGAUAUCUGGAGCAGAUCCAAAGGAGCUUGUGAAAUGUUUAGAGGCUCUUUCUGGUGGUUCCGCCUCAUCAGCGAACAAUAAUAAGGGUCCCAAAUCUACUUCGGAAGAGGAGAAUAGUGGAUCUUCCGAAGAUGAGGAGGAAGAAACGGAAGAAGAAAUAAAUGCAAGGCUGGUGAAGCUAGUGCAAGCAGCACCGGUAAUGCUGUUUAUGAAAGGAAGCCCAUCAGAACCUAAGUGUGGAUUUUCUAGGCAAUUAGUGGGUAUUCUCAGAGAACAUCAGAUAAGGUUUGGAUUUUUUGACAUAUUAAGAGAUGAUAACGUUAGACAAAGUCUGAAGAAAUUCUCCGAUUGGCCUACUUUUCCUCAGUUGUAUAUAAACGGGGAAUUCCAAGGAGGUUUGGAUAUCAUUAAGGAAUCGAUAGAAGAGGAUCCUGAAUACUUUCAACAUGCUCUACAGUAG